AUGGAUGCAAAAGAAGAUGCUGAAGGGCAUGAGGAGGGGGGUUCGUCCCCCAUUCCAGUUUUGCAGCAAAUGUCUGAGGAGGCAUUUAGAGUGGCAGGAGAACCCCUCAAUAGUCCACAUAUGCCGCCAUUGGCACCGGGGCAUAGGCGGGCCCAAAGUGAAGUUGUGACCACUAGACCCAAGCGCAGUAAUAGCUUUCAGAAAUUGAAAAACCAGAUGCAGAAGGCUUGGAGAUGGGGGACCAAUCAGGAUGAUUCUCGGAUGAAUUUUAAUCCUGAGGUUUUGGCAAACCAAAAACGCCAGUGGUAUCGGCUUCACUCCAAAUCAAAGAGUCAUGUAAAUUAUCAGGAGCCAGCUUCACUCUUUGAGCAUUUUAUAAUUGCGGGGCUUCAUCCAGAUGCUAAUCUUCAAACUGCUGAGGCAGCAUUCAUCAAAAGAAAGAAAUGGGAGACGGACAUGAUAAGCUAUGGAAUUACUGACAUGAAAUUACUGCAGCAGAAAGGACCCCCCAUCCCAACAUUAGAACCUCAGGUACUUUUUAAAUAUCCUCCUGGGAAGAAGCUAGCAAUGCGUUUGAAAGAUUUAGCUUCCUUUUGUUUUCCUGGAGGGGUUAAGGCACGAUUAAUGGAGAAGACUCCAUCACUGAGUGACCUUAAUCAAAUUGUCUAUGGACAGGAGCAUUUAGGCAAAGAUGAUUUAGCAUUUAUCUUUUCACUCAAGGUAGCUGACAAUGCAACACUUUAUGGUGUUUGCCUACAUGUGUCCGAAAUAGUUCAGAGGCCUCCUGCUAUUUUAGGCAUCACAUCACCUCUUCCUCAUUCAUCUGGAGGACUCUUCCGUUUUUUGGUUUCUGCACCUCGGUGCUACUGUGUGUUAUCCAAAUAUCCUUUUUUUGAGUUACAUUACGAGAUGUUGAACAGUAUCAUUCAACAGGAGCGCCUGAGUCGAAUUACACAAUUUGUUAGUGGAAUGAGCCUCAAUGGCUAUGCCCCUUCAAUGGACAAAAUAGAUGAUGAAGUGAAUUAUGGCGAGGACUCCCCUGAGACAGAUCCAUGUGAUAAUUGGAUGAGGUCUGCAAUCCCUAUUAACAGUGCAAUAGCUCUUACAGCUGUUGCUGCAGGAAAUAUACCAGAUGAUGAGACUCCAACUUCUACACUCAAGAUUUGGGAACCUCAGUCCCCGGAAAGUGCUUCUGCUAGUGAGGCUCCGGAUUUUAUUCAAGUACGCUAUGUAGAUAAGGAUGGUAGAAAGGAUUCACAUUUUUUUGAUGACUGUGGUUCCUCAGACACUUCAGACAGAAUAUUCGGAAGUUACACAAAUGGCCAUACUUCACGAGAGAGUAUUGGGAGUUCUGAAUCUUUAUUUAGAAAUGGUCAUCCUUCUCCAGAACUUAGGACAUCUUUCUCUUCUAGGAAUCACACAUUGGAGCAUUUCGGGAGUUCUGAAUCUCUGUUCAGUCCAGCUAGAAGCUUUUCAGAGGAUGAUGAAGAUGAUCUUUCCUCAACUUGUGAGAGAGAGUUCAGCGAUGACUUGAUAAUGGCAUGGGCUAGGGAGAAUAAAAACGAUUUGCUACAGAUUGUAUGUGGUUUUCAUGCUCUGCCUCUUCCUGAACGAGGAAGCGAAUUAGUUUUUCAACCUCUUGAACAUCUACAGGCUACCCAGUAUAAGCGACCUCCAAUUGCUGCCCUUGGUUUUGAUGAAAAAUAUUUAGAUUCAUCCGAAAAUCCUGAGGUUGAUGCAAAGUUGGCUGCUGAUGAGGAGGCGCUUUCACUAUCAUUGUGGACGACUGCUACAGUUUGCCGAGUUCUCUCUGUUGAAAGUAUUUUGGCAUUGGUUGCGGGAGUAUUACUGGAAAAGCAAGUGAUAGUAGUGUGCCCUAAUCUGGGUGUUCUAUCAGCUAUAGUGUUAUCUAUCAUACCCAUGAUUCGUCCAUUUCAAUGGCAGAGUUUAAUGCUACCUAUUCUACCUGGGAAAAUGCUGGAUUUUCUUGAUGCACCAGUUCCCUUCAUUAUAGGGAUAGAGCAAGUUCCUGCAGAUCUAAAGAAGAAAACAUCAGAUCCUGUUGUAGUUAAUGUGGUCAGGGAUCAGGUGAAACUGCCUCAUCACUUGCCAACACUACCACGAUAUAAAGAUCUUGCCCUUGAACUUGCGCCUAUCCAUUCCAAAAUGUCUCAAGAAGGUUCAUUUGCGAGAAAGCAUCCUGUAUAUAGGUGCAACGAAGUGCAGGCAGAAGCUGCAGCCCAGUUUUUGAAAGUCAUGAAGAACUACAUUGAGUCACUUUGUUCAGAGCUAAGAUCUUACACCAUUACAAGUGUACAAUCAAAUAAUGACCGGGUUUCGAUUCUUCUCAAAGAUAGCUUCAUUGAAUCCUUUCCUAGUAAGGACCGGUCAUUUAUCAAGUUGUUGGUAGACACACAAAUGUUCUCAGUUCUAUCCGACUCUCGUUUGUCAAGCUUAGAGCAUGGCGACCUUUUAAGUUAAAUGACGACCAUCAUGUCCUGUUACAACUUAAUGCACCAUUUUAAGAUACCAAGUCGCAAUGCAACUAGUCAUCUGGUUUUUGCCACUGUCGGUGAUGCGAAGACGUCUUGAUGAUUCACGAGGACAAGUGAAAGGAUAAUGGCUGUUCAUAACCUCUCAAGGGAUUCCUCAACCCAGCGAUUUGGGAGCCUCAUGCUUUUGUCACCUGCUAAGACAACUUGUGGCAAAUACUGUUGCAACAGUGUUUUGUAAAUGCAAAUCAAUCUCCACACCAGUCUGUAUCAUGUUUUUCGUCUUAGAAAUCUUGUACAUGUAAAUAGAA